UUCAAGCUGGCCUGGAAAGAAGGAAGACACUUGUUCUUUCUUGAGUUCAAGAAGUGAACUCGCAGGACGUCCGCGUCUCGGCGAAAACAAAACUUGCGAAAUACUGAAUUUCCCCGACUGACUUUCAACGCGAUUAGGACAGGAUGCCCAGACCCGGGAGAAACACCUACAGCGAUCAGAAACCGCCGUACUCCUACAUUUCACUCACCGCCAUGGCCAUCCAGAGUUGUCCGGAGAAGAUGCUCCCUCUCAGCGAGAUCUACAAGUUUAUCAUGGAUCGCUUUCCGUACUACCGGGAAAACACCCAGCGCUGGCAGAACUCCCUCCGCCACAACCUCUCCUUCAACGACUGCUUCAUUAAAAUCCCCCGGCGCCCGGACCAGCCCGGGAAGGGUAGUUUCUGGGCGCUCCAUCCCAGCUGCGGAGACAUGUUCGAGAACGGAAGUUUCCUGCGACGCCGCAAACGCUUCAAGGUGAUGACAUCAGAGCACCUGGCACCCAGCAAGCCCUCAGACGCUGCCCACUACCUCCAGCAGCACGCCAAGCUCCGGCUCAGUGCCCUAGGCACACACCUCCCUCAGAUGUCCAGCUACAACCUGGGAGUUUCCCAGCCGUCCACGUUCAAGCACCCGUUCGCCAUCGAGAACAUCAUCGCCCGAGAGUACAAAGUUCCCGGAGGACUGGCGUUCUCCACCGGGUACCCCCUCCACAACCAGCUGACCACAGCCUGGCCCCAUAUGUACAGCACUAGUAUGAUGGACAGCGCGGCUCCCAUCUCCAUGACAAGCAGCGAUUAUAGUGCCUACGGUGUGCCCAUCAAGUCGCUCUGCCACGGCGGACAAACCUUACCGGCGAUCCCCGUCCCGAUCAAGCCGACCCCGGCGGCGCUGCCUCACCACAUCCCGGCAUUCCUAUCGAACUCUCCGCAAUCUCUGAGCCCGACGUCCCCGCAGACAGCGACCAGCCAAAGCAGCCCGGCCACCCCGAGCGAAACCCUGACGGGACCCGCGACGCUGCAGUCGGUCGCGGUGCACUGACACCUGCGGACUGGGCCUGCCGGUCAGCACCUGUACUCCAAAGUUGAAUUUUAAUUAUAGACCUUGACAGACACUGGCUAUACAAUCAAGGCAAGAGCUAUCUAUGUUGCAGUGGUGUUAAUUUAUGUGUAUGUGUUGAGAUUUCUAAGUGUUGCUUUUGAUGAGUCCAAUCACAUGGAUCGACACGGAUAUCAUAUUGUAAAAUGAAGAGUUUUUGUUUUGUUUUUUUACAACCUAAAUAUCCAGAAUUUAUGUGUUUAUUCGACAAAUCCAAGCACUGCGAUCGUGUUUGAAUCGCACAAGGCAAGUGCUCGUCGUUUUUCUCGCAGGUUAUAUCGCCUAUUAGAUAACUGAUAGUACACUGAAACACUAUGUGCGUAUAAGUCGGAAUGCUCACUAUUUUUAGGGUUGGUAGUCAUGCUACUAACUUUCUAGACGACUAAACUUGUCUCAGUCUGCAAACCAAAUACUUGAUCUAAAACACACACACACACACAAACACACAAACACACACACAAGUACAGUAUGCUACAAUUGCAAACUUGAAGUUAAAAUAGGAUAGGGUCAUUAAGUAAAUAUGUGAAUAAUUGCAAAUAAGUGAUAUUGAAAUUGUGUCAAAUGCACUUUUUAGUUAGAUGUUUUACAUUAUAUUUUGCAGGAAAUGUUUUGUGAGCGUUUAAUUUAAAGCCGUGGUGACCAUGUGUAUUAAAAUGCCGUACAUUUGUACUUUUUGUUCAGAUAUAAAGCAUGCCUUUUUCCAGACUUUGUGUUGUUUUGCUGCAAGCAUGCGUGCUUUUAAAAGAUGUGCAAAACGUCUGCAUUAAAUUACGAACUUGGUCAUCAGAAUAUUUUUUCAUUAAAAUGGUGUAAACUUA